CUUACACACAAAAAAAGGAGACGUUUUGUACUUGUAUGCGUUGUGCAUUCUCGAUGUCAAUUCCAUAGAUUUACUUCCUUAAAUACAGUCCUUCGCAAUCUUCAAAGCAUGCUUUCCAUUCAGAAGCUCACAAAUCACUAUUAAAAACGAAUUUCCAAUGUUGGGUGAAGUUUAAUUUUCAUAUUCUAUGUUCAAGGGUUUAGUUGUAGAUCAUUGAAAAACUUGAGAGGAUUUCAUAGCUUCAAUCUACAAUUCUUGGAUAUGUGCUUCAGGGAUUUGACUCAAAGAAAUGAUGGGUUUGUUUCCCUUCGCUCUGUACUUGAAGCAUUAGACUUUUAGUUUUUUUUUUUUUUUUGUUAUCAUUGAGCUAUGAUGAACAGAGAGGAAUCCAAUCCAUUUCUUUUUGAUGGAAUUCCGACCGCAAUUGUUUGCGAUAUUUUGUCAAGACUCCCAACGAAGACAUCCAUAAACUGUAAGCUUGUCUGCAAAGAGUGGUGUCGUAUUAUUGUGAGUCCUGAAUUUGCUGAGUUGCGCCGUGCCUGUGAUUCGUAUUUCAGUUUAUUGUUCUUUGGUAAAUUCUGUAGCUCAGGGGCAAAUUUUGUACUGCUUGACCUGGAUAAGAACUCAUAUGUCAAUGAGAACUGUAAUCUUAGUGUCAGUGUUGAUGCUAUGAUUAGAUUCAAGUGUGAAUUCACUUAUCCCAAAUGGAAGUUGCAUUUGGUUAAUGAAUGCAAUGGGCUAAUUUGUUUGAAGACUCUAGAAAUAUGGGGUCCUUAUAUCAUAUGUAACCCACUGACUGGCCAAUUUGUGAUCGUUAAGCAAAGUCCUAAACCAUUUCAUUUUCUUCUGGGUUAUGGGUUAGGGUGUUGUCCUGUCACACAUCAGUUCAAGGUACUCAGAAUCCUCAUGACUAAGUUUAAGUAUGUGGCUGAGAUACAAACACUUGGUACCGAUGAAUGGAGGACCAUUGAUGAUGCGCAAACAUGUAACGGAAAAAUUGGAGCUUUUUUGCAUGGGUCACUUCAUUGGUACACUCCUGAAGACCAUAGCAUAUGGUCAUUUCAAUUAGGGAAUGAGAAAUUUGUGCGUGUUCCAGUACCCGAACAUACAAAGGGCAGCCGUGCAACAGAGGUAACGGUUUUUGAUUCUCACCUCUGUUUCAGCUGCAUCUCUAAUGACAGUUGUCAAAGGGAUAUUUGGCUUAUGAAGGAGUAUGGAAUGAAAGAAUCUUGGGUGAAACAAUUUGUCAUGAAGAAGGGGGAAUAUGGAUUGUUGUAUGUGCCUCUGCUGCGGUUUGGUAGUGGGAAGAUAUUGGUUUCAUUUAGAGGCAGAUGUAACCUUUUAGUGUAUGAUCUUCAAUCUGAAACUUAUAAACAAGUUAAAGUACAUGGAGUUCCUUCUUUCGAAUUGGUGGCAUGUGAUAUGAAACUUUCUGCGUUAUAUUCAUGUAUCCAAUGCAGUACUGAAAACUGAAAAGGUUCAAUAGAAUGGUCAUCGAAAUGAAAUUCGGGUUAUGAAGGAAUACAACAUAAAAGCUACUUGGCAAACGAAGUUUAUCAUUGAGAUGAAUAAUCCUUAUAUGCCUUUGCUGUGAGCCGGUACUGGGGAAUUGUUAGUUCUUUAUGCUCAUAAGUCUUCUUUUAAAAUAUCUGAUAUUGAAUCGAGAAGAUGUAGAAGAUUCUGGAUGAAGAUGUAGAAGUUCCUGGGAUUUCUGAUUUCAAUGUGGUGGUGAGUAAUACAAAAAUUCUCAAGCACCCAUUGGAAGCGUGGAAAAACUGUUGUGAGCUGUAUCAGGUAGUUUUCCCUUGUUAAUUUUCCUGUAAUUGUUGUUAUGAUACGGAGUAUAUUUUGUCGCAAUUACCAACAAAGCAACUAAGGUAUGCUUAUACUGUAAGCUUGUUUACAAAUAUUGGUAUUAGAUUGUUGUCAGUCAUGAGUUGGCUAUUUUCCAUCUUCAUUGUUACUAUUUCACCAUAUUGCUUCA